UUGCCCAUCACUGCAGUCGGAGCGAACGAAUUCUAUUCUUUUCCACAUUGUGUUAGAUUUAUAUUAUAAAUUUUUAUUUUUUAUAUUUAUAUACCUUUUACAUUUUAUCCAAUUGUAUUUUAUAUUUAUAAUUUGUAUUUCGUUGCGGGAAAUUCCACACGAAAUUCGACACUUUUUGGAAUAAUCUCGUACUUUUACGAAAUUUGGAAAUGUAGUUUUUAAUGAUAUUUAAAUAUCACAGUGAAUGCAGCCAAUGUGAGCGUGACGGAAUUGACACAUUACGAUUUUCUGAAUUGUAAUAAUGGCAGUUAAAGAGAAACAAACGGAAAGUUCUACCGAUGAAGUGGAAUGGAAUGUCGAAAAUGAAAUUCAAUUAUUCUUUGCUAUGAAUGGACAUAAGCCUGUUGGCGUUAAUAAAUAUUUUCACAUGGUUUGUAUAUGGGAAAAAUUUCGUGCUGCUAUUCAUAAGGAUGUAUCAUUAAAGAUGAUUUGGGAUCAUUUAGAAUCAAUGUAUGACCUCAUGGCACUGGAUGACAUGGAAGAUUUACCAUUUCCUAGUCAAGAGAUAGAUUUUUCUUUACCAGAACAAGAGUUUCUAGGACCACUUAAAUCUAAAAAGAGAGAAGAACCAGAGUUGAAAUUAAAGGAACAAAGAGAUAAAUAUAAGGAAAUGAGGAAAGACAAAGAUGUUAAAGAUCUGAUGAAGAAGGAAACUAUUCUUCGUGAUCUCAAAGGAACCAAAGAUGUUGAUAAAAAAAAAGAAGAGUUUAAAAAAUACAUUAAGGAUAUGGAAAUGAAAAAAGAUAAACUUAGAGACAUAAAAGAUGUUAAAAAAGAUCACAAGUCUUCUAAAGGCAGAUCAAAGGGAAAAGAUGAUCUUGAAGAAAUAGCAUCAAAUGGGAAAAAGGAACGUAAGGAUUCUGAUCCUGGUCGUGAAAGUUUAAAAAGAGGUCCAAAACGGCCAACUAGGCAGAGUAUGGAUAGCUCCUCUAAAGCAUCGUCAAGUCCGCGAGAUACACCCCCACCAAAACGAAGAAGGAUAUAACAACUUUUUUAAAACUUAAGUUGUUUCUUGCACUCUAUUUCACAAGCAAACUUUGUUUGCAUUUUCAAUUAGAAGUAGAAUGUGACUUGUGUAUAUUAAUGUAUGUAAGCCAUCUAAAGACUUGUAUAAAAGACUAUAUAUCUAUAUAAAUUCGAUUUUAUAAUAAAUUUUGCAUUCAUCCAUUGUAAA